AUGCCUCCCAAGGCAUCAUAUUCAGAAGAUUCUCACAAGUACCCUGAGGGCGGCAAAGAUGCAUGGCUUGUUGUGGCUGGUGCAUGGUGCGCCAUGAUACCAUCCAUGGGUCUUCUCAAUACUCUUGCAGUUCUGCAGGCCUGGGUUUCACAGAAUGAACUUCAUGGGCUCCCGGAGUCGACAAUAGGCUGGGCAUUUAGCACUUACGCCUUCUUUCUCUACUUUUGCGGCGCUCAAGUUGGCCCCAUCUUUGACGCUCAUGAUGUGAGGUUCCUGGUAAUCCCCGGAUGCGUAGGAUCUGUGGCGUCUAUGAUGUUGAUGAGUCUCUGCAAAGAGUUCUACCAGUUUUUGCUCACCUUUGGUGUCCUUGGCGGCGUGUCAGCUUCGCUUCUUUUCAAUCCAAGCAUCGCUGCAGUCGGGCACUGGUUCUCGGAACGCCGUGCUCUCGCUACAGGAAUAGCCUGCACGGCUGGAGGCGUGGGCGGCGUUGUCUUUCCUCUCAUCAUCCUCUACAUGGCUCCCAGGGUUGGUUUCCCGUGGGCCAUCAGGACGGUUGGGUUUAUCUGUGCUGCCGCGUCUGCGCUGAAAGAGAUGAAAUUCGGUCUCGCCACAUUGGCCGUAUUCCUGAUCGAGUUCGCAGUCUUCAUCCCGUACACUUACAUUUGCUUAUACGCUAUCCAUGAGGGCAUCGAUCUCCAGAAGUCUCUCCUCCUAAGUGCUCUGCUCAACGCUGGGGCUAUCCCAGGUCGUGCUUUACCGGGCUACGUCGCAGACCGAUUUGGUCCCUUCAACGUCAUGUGCGUCACUGCUUUGGUAUGCUCGGCGUUCAUCUUCGCACUCUGGUUGACAGCCCAUGGUGGAGAAGCUGCUACGACUGCCUUUGCGGUCAUGUUCGGAUUCUGGUCCGGAGCUGCCAUCAGCUUGACGCCAGUCUGCAUUGGACAGGUGUGCAAAAUAGAAGACUAUGGAAAAAGGAGCGGCACGGCGUUCUUUGUCUGCAGUUUUGGUGCCCUUGUCGGUGUGCCCUUCGCUGGAGCUAUUCUGCAAUGGUCAGGUGGCACUUAUGACGGCCUUAUACUCUUCGCGGGUGGUCUAUACAUCUUGUCGUUCUGCGCUUUUGCCGUUGCAAGAGGCGUGGCCUGUGGGUGGAAUCCCAAGACCUUGUUCUAG